GCGAAGCGGACAGAAAGAACACAUCUUCAAGACAACAAGACGUGCAGGACAUUGAAGAUAAUCAUGAUGAUGAUGAUGAAGAACCCCAUGACUCUGAUGACCUGUACCUUGCUUUUCUCGUCUCUCGCUGUCGUGGCAUAUCAAGGCAGCUUCGGUCCAAAUGAGUGCUGUUUCAACUUCAUCUCCACAAGGUUGCGGAAGGACAAGGUGGUGAGCUACAAGUUCACAGACGAGCGGUGUUCAAUGGAAGGUGUCUCCUUGACGAUGAAGAACGGAGCUGAAAUCUGUGCCGACCCGUCUCUGCAGUGGGUCAAGUUCAUCAUCAAGGCCAAAGAGAGGCUCCAAACUAACUAACACCAAACUCAAAAAAGGCAUAUUGGUGAUUUAUCUUCAUAUAGAUUUAUAUGUUAGCUUAAAAAUAAAUGCAAAAAACGCUCUUUUUUACAGUAUAAUCUUUGCUUUUAUCUGUUUUAAUGUGGUUUCAAGUGGUGUACUGAAAGAUUGUUUUCUGCUUUUAUAUAUAAAAAGAAAAUCGUUUAUUAUUUGA